CUCUCUCCGUCCUUCCCGCACUCCCUCCUUCCCAUUCGCACUCCGCUGCAGCACCCUCAGCACAUCAGUUGAGCAGGAGCACCGCACCGAGUCACAUCGAUAGACACCCGCUCUGUGCACGCACACACAUGCACGCACACACACGCACACAAGAACAGCCUCCUGCGGUAUCCCAUACGGCGCAGCGGCUUUUCCAACGGCAUACAAAGUGUAUCCUCGCCGGGGAAUGGGAAGUGGAGCUCCCGGGUCUCAGAGCGCUCAGAGCGGCGUAGUAAGGUCCUGCUGAUCGGCGAUGCUCCUGGAAGUCUGCUGCAAUUUAUUUUUUCCUGUGCAGGAAUCGCCCUCUAACUACACCUCUACCGGGGAUUUUAAAGUGGACAAGACGUUUGAUCAGGAUAUAACGUUAUUUUAAGCAUUUCUCUUUUUUUGGGGGGAGUAAAAGGAGUUGGGGAUUGCUCUGGACGUGCCUCUUAUCCGCAGUGUCGCUGCGGCUGUGAAGUGAUAUCUGCAUUGAUUACAGGUACAUGAUGUCCUCAAUCUCAAGAGAGGCUUGAUCUUGAUUGGCCUACAGCACUGGACUGUGCCUCCUUCCCUCUCCUCACCACUCCCAGCCUGAGAACAGCCAUGAUGUCCCUAACGAGGACACGGACCUGCUUUUUUGUAUACUGCUUCCUGUCCAGUCUGGAGCUUCCUGUGACAUCACAAACCGUGGUGCAUGCCGCACAAGCCCACAGUGCCGGCUCCCAGGUGAUCACAGCAUCCCUUCAGGAGGACGAGUAUGCAUCAUUUCAUGCUGAGAACCCUGCAUGGAAAUUCAACCAUAUUGCAGUGGACUAUCGCAAUGGCAAUGUCUAUUUGGGAGCUGUUAAUCGCAUAUACAAACUGUCCCCCAGCCUGGAGGUCCAGGUGUCCCAUGAGACUGGUCCAGAUGAAGACAACCGCAAGUGCUACCCACCCCGUAUUGUACAGCCCUGCAGUGAGCCGUUAUCGCUCACCAACAAUGUCAACAAGAUGCUCCUGAUGGACUAUCGGGAGAACCGGCUGCUAGCGUGUGGCAGCCUCUACCAGGGCAUCUGCAAACUCCUCCGCCUAGAUGACCUCUUCAAACUGGGUGAGCCCUUCCACAAGAAGGAGCACUACCUCUCCGGUGUCAACGAGAGUGGCUCUGUGUUUGGCGUCAUUGUGUCAUAUGGGAAUGCCUCUCCAGACAUGCUCUUUAUAGCCACAGCAGUGGAUGGCAAACCAGAGUACUUCCCUACCAUCUCUAGCCGCAAGUUGGCCAGAAACUCUGAGGAAGAUGGCAUGUUUGCCUAUGUCUUCCACGAUGAGUUUGUGGCCUCUAUGAUUAAAAUCCCUUCAGACACCUUCACUGUCAUCCCAGACUUUGACAUAUACUACAUUUAUGGCUUUGCCAGUGGGAACUUUGUGUACUUCCUGACUUUGCAGCCAGAAAUGGGGAACGGGCCAACUACUGGAUCCUCUACUGGUCGGGAACAGGUGUACACCUCCAAGAUAGUCCGCCUCUGCAAGGCUGACACCGCCUUUAACUCCUACGUGGAGGUCCCUAUUGGAUGCAUUAGUGGCAACGUUGAGUACCGAUUACUCGAGGCGGCCUACCUCUCCAAAGCUGGUGCUAUCCUGGCACGCUCACUAGAUGUGGAACCGGAUGAUGAUGUUUUGUUCACCAUUUUCUCAAAAGGCCAAAAGAGGCGUCCACGUCAGGCGUCGCAGGACUCUGCACUGUGUGUCUUCUCUCUGCGAAAGAUCAAUGAGAAAAUCAAGGAGAGGCUGCAGUCGUGCUACAAGGGUGAAGGCACACUGGACCUGGCCUGGCUCAAAGUCAAAGAUAUUCCCUGCAGCAGUGCGCUGUUGACCAUUGAUGAUGACUUUUGUGGCCUGGACAUGAAUGCACCGCUGGGCGUGUCUGAGAUGGUGCAUGGCAAGCCUCUCUUAACCGACGCUGUUGACAAAAUGACCUCCGUCAUUGCAUACGUCUACAAGAACCACUCGCUGGUCUUCGUGGGCACAAAAAACGGACGCGUCAAGAAGAUCCGGGUGGACGGCUCCUCUCGGGCUCUGCAGUAUGAGACUGUGCAGGCGGUGGACAAUGGACCCAUCCUCCGAGACAUGGCCUUCUCUCCUGACCACCACCAUCUCUAUGUCAUGUCUGAGACCCAGCUGUCAAGGGUGCCAGUGGAGGCCUGUGGUCAGUACUCAACAUGCAGUGAAUGUCUAGGAUCUGGAGACCCUCACUGUGGCUGGUGUGUCCUGCAUAACAUGUGCACCAGAAAGGAGAAAUGUGAGCGCUCAUCAGAGCCCCGUCGCUUUGCAUCCGACAUCAAGCAGUGUGUGCGUCUCAGCGUCCACCCAAACAACAUCUCAGUGUCCCAGUUCAGUGUGACGUUGGUGUUGGAGGCCCAUAAUGUUCCAGAACUUUCUGCGGGUGUGAACUGCUCCUUCGAGGAUCUGACUGAGAUGAAUGGCUUGGUGGAGGGAAACCGGAUCAAGUGCUUCUCCCCCGCUGAGAAAGAGAUGCCACGCAUUAUUGUUGACAAAGGGGACCACCAGGUCGUGCAGCUCUAUCUCAAAUCCAAGGAGACAGGCCUGGCAUUCGCAAACACCAGUUUUGUUUUCUACAACUGUAGCGUACACAAGUCGUGUCUGUCCUGUGUGAGCAGUCCUUACCAGUGCCACUGGUGUAAAUACAGACAUGACUGCACCCACGAUCCUCGAACAUGUUCCUUCCAGGAGGGCCGAGUCAAGAAGGCUGAGGGAUGUCCCCAGCUGCUGCCUGCAGACAGGAUCCUGGUGCCGGUGGACGUGGUGAAGCCCAUCACUCUCCGGGCGAAGAACCUCCCCCAGCCCCAGUCGGGUCAGAGAGGGUAUGAGUGUCUGCUGACCAUCCAGGGGAGCGAGCACCGCGUUCCUGCCCUGCGCUUCAACAGCUCCUCAGUGCAGUGUCAAAACACAUCGUAUUUCUAUGAUGGGAUGGAGAUGAGCAGUCUUCCCGUGGUGCUGACCGUCAUCUGGAACGGAGAUUUCACCAUUGACAACCCCGCCAACAACAAAGUCCAUCUGUACAAGUGCGACGCCCAGCGUGGGAGCUGCGGUUUGUGUCUGAAGGCGGACCCUCUGUUUGGAUGUGUGUGGUGUAAAGGAGACAACCGCUGCACCCUCAAACAGCACUGCCCCCACCCCGAGAACCAGUGGCUGGAGCACAACGGCAUCAACAGCAAGUGCACCCACCCGAGGAUCACACAGAUCAAACCUCUCCGGGGGCCCAGGGAGGGCGGCACGCUCGUGACUAUUCGUGGUGAGAACCUGGGCCUGGAUUUCAGAGAGAUCCAGGACAACGUGAAGGUGGCCCAGGUGGAUUGCACCCCCAUACGAGAGGGCUACAUCCCUGCUGAGCAGAUUGUGUGUGAGAUGGGUAAAGCAGAGAAGAGCCAGUACACUGGGAACGCGGAGGUCUGUGUCGGGGUUGGAGAGUGCAGACCAGAAUUCAUGGCAAAGUCCUCCAAAAACUACUAUUUUGUGAUCCCAAGGAUUAUCAACCUGAAGCCCAGCCGAGGUCCGGUCUCUGGGGGAACCAUCGUCAACAUCACCGGCAGCCACCUUGACGCUGGGAGCAACGUGUCAAUCAUGUUUAAGGACCAGCCGUGCACUUAUCUGAGGAGGGGGGGUCAGUGGCUCACCUGUCGCACCCAUGCGUCCCUGAAUGGAUUCGGAAACGUGUCUGUGUCUGUGAACAUAGACAGGGCUCAUCUCCAGAAAGACCUGCGCUUUGAGUAUGUUGAAGACCCCACUAUCACCAAGAUAGAGCCUGAGUGGAGCAUCUACAGUGGAUAUACCCCAGUGACUGUGACAGGAACUAACCUGGACAUUAUCCAGACCCCUCUCAUCAGAGCCAAAUAUAACAACCAUGAGACACUCAAUCUGUGCCAGGUCCUCGGCCCCACCACCAUGCUGUGCCAGGCCCCGGAGCUGUCCAUCAGCCUGGCCCGGCAGCAGGAAGUGCCUGAGAGGCCUGAUGAGUUCGGCUUCAAACUGGACGACGUGAUGGCUCUGAUGGCACUCAACAACAGCAACUUUAUCUACUACCCCAAUCCUGAGUUUGAACCUCUGAGUGUGUCGGGGGUGCUGGAGCUCAAACCUGGAUCCCCCAUUAUACUGAAGGGGCGGAACUUUCUUCCACCAACCAAUACUGGGAAUGGAAAGCUGAACUACACAGUUUUCAUUGGAGAGAAGCCCUGCAUGUUAACAGUGUCAGAGACCCAGCUGCUCUGUGAGUCACCGAACCUGACGGGCCGACACAAGGUCCUGGCACGUGUGGGUGGAAUCGAGUUCUCCCCAGGUGUGGUCCACAUCAUGUCCGACAGCCCCCUCAGCAGCACAGCUAUCAUUGGCAUUGCUGCAGCCGGAGCCCUCCUCAUCCUCUUCAUCGUGGUGGUGCUCAUUGCCUACAAGCGCAAGUCUCGCGAGAGUGACCUGACCCUGAAGAGGCUGCAGAUGCAGAUGGACAACCUGGAGUCCCGCGUGGCUCUGGAGUGCAAAGAGGCUUUCGCAGAGCUCCAGACAGACAUCCAUGAGCUGACCAGUGAUCUGGACGGAGCAGGAAUCCCCUUCUUGGACUACAGGACCUACACCAUGAGGGUCCUAUUCCCGGGCAUCGAGGAGCAUCCUGUACUCAGAGAUCUGGAGGUGCCAGGCUACCGGCAGGAGCAAGUGGAGAAGGGGCUGAAGCUGUUCGGCCAGCUCAUUAACAACAAGGUCUUCCUGCUGUGUUUUAUUCGCACUCUGGAGGCCCAGCGUGGUUUCUCCAUGAGGGACCGUGGCAACGUGGCCUCACUUAUCAUGACAGUGUUGCAGAGCAAGUUGGAGUACGCCACUGAUGUCCUCAAACACCUGCUGUCUGACCUUAUAGACCGCAACCUUGAGAGCAAGAACCACCCCAAGCUGCUGCUACGAAGGACUGAGUCUGUUGCAGAGAAAAUGCUGACCAACUGGUUCACGUUCCUCCUCUACAAGUUUCUCAAGGAGUGUGCAGGCGAACCUCUCUUCUCCCUCUUCUGUGCCAUCAAGCAGCAGAUGGAGAAAGGCCCCAUUGACUCCAUCACAGGAGAAGCCCGCUACUCGCUCAGCGAAGACAAGCUCAUCAGACAACAGAUUGACUACAAGACGCUGGUGUUGAACUGCAUCCAUCCAGAGAAUGAGAAAAGCCCAGAGAUCCAGGUGAAGGCUCUGAACUGUGACACCAUCAGCCAGGUGAAGGAGAAGAUCCUGGACGCCAUCUACAAGAACGUCCCACACUCCCACCGCCUGAAAGCCUCCGACAUGGACCUGGAAUGGCGUCAGGGUCGUGGACAGCGUGUGAUCCUGCAGGAUGAAGACGUCACCACUAAGAUCGAAGGUGACUGGAAGAGGCUGAACAUGCUGUUCCAUUACCAGGUACCUGAUAAUGCAGUGAUGGCCUUGGUUCCAAAGCAAGUUACAGCUUACAAUUCAGUCAACAACUCCACUGUGUCUCGAACUUCUGCAAGUAAAUAUGAGAACAUGAUCAAGUACACUGGAAGCCCCGACAGCCUGCGCUCCCGUACUCCUAUGAUCACUCCUGACCUGGAGAGCGGGGUCAAAGUUUGGCACCUGGUGAAGAACCAUGAGCACGGAGACCAGAAGGAGGGCGACCGCGGCAGCAAGAUGGUUUCUGAAAUCUACCUGACACGACUUCUGGCGACUAAGACAAAAACAGAGGCGUACAUGGAGG